GAGAACUGCUGAUUUUCGCAGCCAAUCAGCAGACGCAGCAGCGGCGGCGGCGGCGGCGUCGGCUGGUCUCGGCGGAUCCCGGCGGAACCCGAUUGAACCCGGACGCUGAGUUAAGAAAAUGAGGCAGAAGGAAGUGUUGACCAAGACCUUCCAAGGCCCAGCCAUUGUCUAUAGGACUCCGGCCAGCCACGUUUACAUGUUUGAGAAUGGCGGUGGGGAUUCGGGGGACUCCUCUGAGGAAGAGACCCACCGAGUGGCCCUGCGGCCCCGGGGCAAGGAGCGCCAGAAGAAGGGUGCCCACCACCCUCACCAGCCUGGAGCAGGGGACGUGGUGCUGCUGCAGCGGGAGCUGGCCCAGGAGGACAGCCUCAACAAGCUCGCGCUUCAGUAUGGCUGCAAAGUUGCAGAUAUCAAGAAAGUCAACAACUUCAUCAGAGAACAAGACUUAUAUGCUUUGAAAUCUAUUAAGAUUCCAGUGAAAAAUCACGGAAUCCUAACGGAGACCCAGAAAGAACUCAGACCCCUCCUGAGCUCAUCCACAGAGACCAGAGUGACCUUCGAGGAGCAGCCAGACCCAGACAGAGCAGCUGUGGGUGCCAGUGCCCCAUCUAGCCCACUGACGGAUUUCUUUAAGGGCAUUGACCAGAAUAUUGAGCGUGCAGUGCAGUCAGACAUCUUUUUGAGUGAAUGUCACCGCAUCGAGACCUCCAGUCAGCCACUGCUUCCGGCUCCUCCGAAGCCGCCGACAAAUGGUGCAGACUGUGGAAUUCAGUGGUGGAAUGCUGUGUUUAUCAUGCUUCUAAUUGGAAUUGUUUUACCAGUGUUUUAUUUGGUCUAUUUUAAAAUACAAGCUACUAGUGACAUCCCUAGCAGCUUGAAUACAACUACUGUCCCCAAUGGCUCGAUGGCCAUAAAUGCAGUUCCAGGCCAAGCCCCCAAAUUAGUGAUUCCAGUGCCAACCCUCCCCUCUUCAGACAGCCAGUUCAGUCAUACCCAAGGGGGGAACUAGCUGUUGUUCCUAAGUAAUCAGGCCAGCUUUAGCAGUGGGGCUUCUGAUGUGCAUCCGUUAGCAAUGGACAUGUGCUGACUUUCCUUUUCUCUGACAUUUGGACACGUUGCAGAAGCCACCGUUGUGUUCUCAGUAACACUCACCGUGGGGAACAUCCUUGCCUGAUCUAAGGCUGCGGGAGCCAAAACACUGGCACCCUCAGUCUCCUACAUCCAGAGAAGAGCAGCAAGAGACAUUUACACCUGACAGACGCUGCUUCCUGGAGGCAUUUAGUGGACUGGCCGUGUCUUCACAGUAGCACCGUGUGCGCCCCCAAGUUGGACAUGCUGGAAGGGAGAGGAAUGGCCUUGGCAAACAGACCUACAGUGUGGGAGCCCCGGGGGUCGGCUUUGGUGGUCUUCCCGUUUGCAUUGUCCCCUGCCUGCUGUGGAGGAGUGACAGGCUCUGACAAGUGCUGUUGUGUGUCUGCCCGGCAAAAGUGCAAUAGUGUGGAAUGUCACCCUGUUUUAGAGUGUGACACAUUACAGUUGUAACAAGCCUUGCUUCAUAUUUGCCCCCUCAGAUAGCCUUUUUGAGCCAAUGUCCUGCCUAGAAUUUAAAAAGCUCUAAAUCCAAAUUGCUGUAAUAUGAGUAAAUAGUGGUUCUGUUCCUCGAACUUCUAGAGCUACUUAAUCUGACACGCAGGCGUGUUUUAAGCUCUGCAUGGUGCGACCAGCACUUCCUGGCCAGAACGUUCGGAGGCCAUGGCCCAGUUUCGCCCGAGGAGCACCUGCACAGUGAUUGCUACCUGGAUCCCCCACAUUAGCAUUCUUGGAAGGAGCUCUUGCUGGUCAGUGUCUGGAGUGGAGUAAGUGUAGAGGGAAGGAUCAGUGCCUGUCACCGAGGUCCCAACGUGUGGCACUUCUAAGGGCGAACAGUCACCAGUCCUGCAUCUGCUGGCCUCUGUGUGCACCUGAAAGAGUGGUGCAGGGAAAACGGGGGUGCUACCUGCUGCUUCCUCAACUCCAUUCUUUGGGAUUCUAGAGCCACAGAACAGGAAUGGCUUUCUUUAGGUGAUUUCAAUGUAGCUCAUAGUGUUAAAAUAUCAAGCCCUUAACAGAGGGCCUACAGGUGACCCUCCUGUGAAAGGCCAUAAAAAGAGGGACCUGAGGUUUGCCCAUCUCCUCUUAUGACGAGGCAAAAGGGGUGCUAAUGCAGAGGCUGGAGGAGGGCCUGGGCGGGCCUCGGAGGCUCGCUGGUGGAGAAUGGGUGAAUGGGGUGAGGGCAGGAGCCCACCUUGGUCCCACGGUGUGGAAAUCAGCCAAGGUGGCUGGCAGCCCAGCCUUGGAGAGGUCUGUCUCCCGGGAGGAAAACACGCUGCACAAAUGCUGAGCUUUAAUGCAGAUUUAAGGCAUUUGACACAUUAGGCCUAAAGAGCAAUUUGAAAGAUCUUGUCAUGUAAGAGGAAGGGAAUGUGGCAGAACUCUUGAGAUAGGCAUCCAGUUUCUUUCUCCUUUCAGUUAUGUGAAGAACUAUUCUGCCCUGGGUUUAAUUAGCAAAUUUAAAUUAUCUUCAAAAUAAAAUGUUUUCUUCAAAACCAAAAUGGUUUUCAGGAUAAAAUGAAUUUGUGAACCUUUACUACAGGAAAUUUUGAUCAUGUAAGGUUUUGAUCAUGUAAAUGCUUUUCCAGUCAAAUGUUUGUGUGCACUUUGCCCCUGAGGGCUACGGGUUUCUCUAACAUUUAUCACCUUUAAAUUCACCCAGCAGGACUCAGACUCCCAUGAGAACAUGACUUUUGCCGGGCAAAGAAUGAAUAUCUGUAUACUUUUUUCAAGUGGAAUAAAAUAAUUUCUUCUGUGAAGGAAAA